AUGACCAUUUCGACAUUGUUGCUGCUAUGUAACUUCUGCACGUUUCUCGUUUCGAGCGGCCAGGUUUCUUCACGCACAGUGUUUGCCGUACAGUUUGAUGUUUCUGUGGAUCCCACUGCGGCUACGCCACAGGAGUACUUCACCGCCUUGCAGGAAGCCUUCGCUGAUGCGGCCACCAUAUCAGGUGGCGAUGGUGGCUCUGCAGGAGGUGGUGACGGUGGCUCCGCAGGAGGUGGCGGUGUCUCCGACGCCCUGGGCUCGCAGUUCCUGCCCCGCUUCGAGCAGGGAUCCUUCUUGGCACAAGUGGCCUUCGCGGAGAACUCCCUCACGGAGGCGGUGACGAUGAAGGUUUGUGACAUGGAGCCAUUCUGGGAGAAGGGCCAGACGGUCUUUGACCUGCGGGAGUGCAGCCUCAGCCCCGUGAAGCUGGUUGUUUGGUCCUUGAUCCCUGCCGUCACACUGUCCUGUGGCUCCUUAGGUUUUUGGAGCUGGCAGCGGAAUGUUCGCGGUCGUGGCAAGGAGACACAGAUCGGGACCCUGGUGGGCAUCGGCAUGUCCUUCCUCAGUGUGGGCUACGAUUGGUUCUUCAGCUGGACACUCUGGAGGCGCGGAUGCGCUGACGUGGUGAAGGGGGGCGGAAGGUGGGAAAAGCCUGGCA